AUGCCUCGAGCCACUACACACCCACGGCACUCGGAAGAAGUGAAGAACCAGUUUGUCGGGGCCAUGGUUGCUCAGCCCAACUUGAAGAACCAUUCUGCAGCGUUUGGAAUCCCCUACCACACCGCGCGAAAGAUCUGGAAGAAGUAUAAGGAACGUGGAACAGUUGAAAACAUACCUUCCAGUGGCCAUCCGAGGACUGUCACCCCUCAGGUCGCGCGCAAAGUCAAGAAGUUGGCGCGAGAUCACUGCCGGAUGCCAUUCGAGGAAGUCGGCAAUCAGAUCAGCCCGCCAAUCAGUGCUCGGAGUGUUGGCAGGGUUUUAGAGGCCGAGGGGAUGCAUCGUCGCGUUGCUAGGGUGGUCCCGUACUUGACAGAUGAACACAAGGCGGCUAGAUUGGCAUGGGCAAAGGCUUGCGCGAAGAACACGGAUCGGCAGUGGGCAAGUGUCAUCUGGAGUGAUGAAUGUUACAUUCAUCUUGAGAGCGGCGGAGGUCGGGUUUGGGUCACGCAAACCAGCGAGGAGACUUACCAUGAAGAUUGCCUCGUUCCGCGGUUCAAGCAGUCCCCUGUCCGCGUCAUGGUCUGGGGGUGCAUUGCCCAAAACUGGAAGGGGCCGCUGAUUGUCCUCAAGUAUCCCGGUGGACCCGGCGGAGGUAUGACGGCUGAUCGUUACCAGCAACAGGUGCUGCGGACUGUGCUCGAAGACUCUCUUGCCAAUGUGAAGAAGCAGCGAGGGGGGAGGGCACGCGUGGAGUUUCAGCAACACCUCAGUUACCACUGCCAACCCCCCGUAUAG